UGACAGCUUCAUAAAACAAAUUUUUCACGUCAGAAAAUUUGAAUGAUCUACCUGUAUUGUUUGAAGCCACAUAGUUUUUAUAUUUGCCCAAAUCAUUUCAAUGAGAUUUAAUUCGCAACGGUCUCUGACUGUCGAACGCGGAAGUACCACCCGGCGGUUCUCGUAGGCGGAGCCAGAAUGUGUGCAUGUUGCAUGCACACGUGUUCCCUCGCCAGAGUCCGUGUG